CCACCGCUGCUGGGGAAGAUGGCGCUGCGCGUCCAGAGUCUGGCAGAACUCGAAGUGUUGUGUAACCACCUAUACGAAGGAACUGAUCUAGAACAGCGAAUGCAAGCUGAGAAAGUAGUCUUAGAGCUUAUUGACAGCCCAGGGUGUCUUAGCCAAUGCCAACUUCUAUUAGAACAAGGAACAACAUCCUAUGCUCAGCUUCUAGCAGCAACGUGCUUGUCUAAGCUUGUAAGCAGGGCAUCUCCGUUACCUGUCCAGCAAAGGAUUGACAUUCGAAAUUACAUUCUGAACUACCUAGCAUCUCAGCCCAAACUGGCUCCUUUUGUCAUCCAAGCUCUUGUGCAAGUCAUUGCUAAAAUUACAAAAUUAGGAUGGUUUGAGGUACUAAAAGAUCAACUCAUCUUCAGAGACAUUAUUGCUGAUGUAAAAAAGUUUUUGCAGGGCACUGUGGACCAUUCCGUAAUAGGAGUAAUGAUUCUCUCAGAACUGACUCAGGAAAUGAAUCUAGUUGAUUAUUCAAGACCUUCAUCAAAGCAUCGUAAAAUUGCCACCUCAUUCCGUGACACCUCUCUAAAGGACAUACUGAUGCUUGCGUGCUCACUUUUGAAGGAGCUCUUGGCAAAACCUUUAACCCUUCAGGACCAACGGCAGCAAAGUCUAGCAAUGCAACUUUUGAAGCUUGUACUAAACUGUCUUAAUUUUGAUUUUAUUGGAAAUUCAGCUGACGAAUCUGCAGAUGACCUGUGCACUGUGCAGAUUCCAACAAACUGGAGAACAAUCUUCCUGGAGCCAGAGACCUUGGACCUGUUUUUUGAUUUGUAUCAUUCCCUUCCACCUAUGCUGUCUCAGUUAGCACUUUCUUGUUUAGUGCAGUUUGCUUCUACAAGGAGAUCUUUAUUCAGCAAUCCAGAACGUGCCAAAUAUCUUGGUAAUCUGAUCAAAGGAGUGAGACACAUCCUGGAAAAUCCACAGGGUUUAUCUGAUCCAGGUAAUUACCAUGAAUUUUGUCGGUGUUUGGCUCGGCUAAAAACCAACUAUCAACUGGGAGAGCUAGUAAUGGUGAAAGAUUACCCCCAAAUCAUCCAGCUUAUAGCAAAUUUCACUAUUACUAGCCUACAGCACUGGGAAUUUGCUCCAAAUAGUGUUCAUUAUUUGCUAACUCUGUGGCAAAGAAUGGUAGCAUCUGUUCCAUUUGUGAAAACGGCAGAACCCCACCUCUUAGAUACAUAUGCACCUGAGAUAACAAAAGCUUAUAUUUCUUCUAGACUGGAAUGUGUUCCUGUAGUUAUAAGAGAUGGCUUAGAAGAUCCACUGGAUGAUACAGCUACAGUAUUCCAACAGCUGGAGCAACUGUGCACAGUGAGCAGGUGUGAAUACGAAAAGACCUGUACAUUUCUUGUACAGUUGUUUGACCAAAAUGCACAAAACUACCAAAAACUAUUGCACUCUUCUAGUAGGAAUCCAUUAGAAAUCACAGUUCAGGAAGGAUGUCUGGCAUGGCUUGUCUAUUUUGUGGGUGCUUUUGUGGGUGGCCGAUUAACAUACACUAGUACUGAGGAGCAUGAUGCUAUGGAUGGAGAGCUGUCCUGUCGAGUUUUUCAGCUGAUAUCUUUGAUGGAUGCCCAGUUACCACAGUCCAGUAAUGAAAAAGUAGAACUAGCAGUUCUGUGGUUCUUGGAUCAGUUCCGUAAAACAUAUGUGGGAGACCAGCUUCAGCACAACUCAAAGGUGUAUGCCCGAAUGUCAGAAGUCUUAGGAAUCACAGACGACAACCAUGUUCUGGAAACAUUUAUGGCAAAAGUUGUGACAAAUCUUAAAUACUGGGGAAGAUGUGAGCCUGUGAUUUCAAGAACUCUUCAGUUUCUAAAUGACCUUUCUGUUGGUUACAGUCUCCUGAAAAAGCUUGUGAAAAUAGAGGCUGUGAAAUUCAUGCUUCAGAAUCACACAAGUAAGCACUUCCCUUUCUUGGGUAUCAGUGAUAAUUCCAGCCUCAGUGACCUCAGGUGCCGGACAGUGUUCUACACUACUCUCACUCGUCUUCUCAUGGUAGAGUUAGGUGAAGAUGAGGAUGAGUUUGAGAAUUUCAUGCUUCCUCUCACAGUUUCAUUUGAAAGUGUGGCUCAGCUAUUCAACAGUAGUUUUGUACAAGAAGAAGCAAAGCGUAUGUUGAUCGGGCUGGCAAGGGAUCUUCGAGGGAUUGCCUUUGCACUAAACACAAAGACCAGCUACACCAUGCUGUUUGACUGGAUAUACCCCACAUACAUUUCUGUUCUGCAAAGAGCCAUUGAGCUCUGGUACCGUGAGCCUGCGUGCACAACCCCCAUCUUGAAGCUGAUGGCAGAAUUCAUGCAAAACAGAUCGCAACGUUUAAAUUUUGAUGUAUCAUCUCCAAAUGGAAUUCUUCUCUUCAGAGAAGCUAGUAAAAUGAUUUGUACCUAUGGUAAUCAGAUCCUCUCUCUUGGGACUUUGUCAAAAGAUCAGGUUUAUCCGUUGAAACUCAAGGGCAUUUCCAUCUGUUACUCUGCACUCAAAUCUGCCUUAUGUGGAAAUUAUGUCAGCUUUGGCGUCUUCAAGUUGUACGGGGACAACCACUUUGACAGUGUACUUCAGGCCUUUGUCAAAAUGCUGCUUUCAGUAUCCCACAGUGACUUGCUACAAUAUCGAAAAUUAAGCCAGUCUUACUACCCACUUUUGGAGUGCCUGACCCAAGAUCAUAUGAGUUUCAUUACCAGCUUAGAACCUCACAUCCUCGUCUAUAUUCUUACCUCAAUAUCUGAAGGACUGACUGCAGUAGAUACAAUUGUCUCCUCCAGCUGUUGUGCUAGUUUAGACUACAUUGUCACCUACCUCUUCAAGCACCUUGCUAAAGAAGGCAAGAAGACUCGAAGAGGUAGAGAGAUUUCACAGGAUGGACAGAGAUUGCUUCAUUUCAUGCAGCAGAACCCAGAAGUUCUACAGCAGAUGAUGUCCAUCCUAAUGAACACCAUCAUUUUUGAAGACUGCAGAAAUCAAUGGUCUGUGUCAAGACCGCUGCUUGGACUUAUACUUCUCAAUGAGAAAUACUUCAGUGAGCUGAGAGCAACCUUGGUAACCAGCCAGCCUGACAGCAAACGGGAAGUCCUUGACCAGUGCUUCAGGAAUCUAAUGGAAGGAGUUGAGCAAAACCUUUUGGUAAAGAACAGAGACAGGUUCACUCAGAAUAUGUCAAUCUUUCGCAGAGACGUGGCUGAAGCUCUGCGCAAUGAAGGGGCCUCGGAUCCCGUUACUUUAGAUAUGAUGAGUUAACAGUGACUGUGGGACCAGAGCACUGACUAACAAACCAGCCCUGAACGUUUGGGGACCCACUUACAUUGUUAAGAUAGAUUUUUGACCCUUGUGAAAACUAUUUUUUUAAGAUAUCUUCUGCCUUUUUGUAUCUCUGGCCUAAAUGUAAGGCUUUAUAACAGUGAAAAUGAUGGAAAAUCUGAGUUUGAAGGAUGUUUUCAGCCUUUCUUAUCAAAAUUUAUUAUCCUGUUAUUUUAUCUUUAUGGAACAGUGUAGAAACAGUACUUAACCAAAGAACAAAAUAAAUAUGCAUUCCUUCUAAACUUGUAUCAGUUAGUGAUUCUCAGCUCUACACAUAAUAGUAAAUAAUAUCUCAUCAGUUAAGAACUCCCCAGCUCACCCUGAGGUCGUAUCUGUUUGAACAUGAGAUGAAAGCCAAUGUGAAUUUUAUAUGACAGCUUCCUGAAAUAAUAAAAUCCACUAUUUUUUUACAAA